CCAUGUCUUCCCAAUCUAGUUUUCCACCCGCUUUUCUUGAAAUAUUACCCAACGUCCGUUCUCUGACGAUCUCGAUAAAUGAAUCUCCGGAGCGGCUACCUGUAGAGAAGUUAAAAUUCCAAGAAAAGAGCAUUUCGUAUACCCCCAACGAGCAAGAUCCACCGCAGAUCCUUUCCCUCCCAGUAUCCAUAGACCCUCGCUCCGCCACAACCACUGUAAAGUCGGAGAAUGUUGACUUGAAAUUCUCAUUGCGCUCUUCCCUGGACGAUUAUAAAUCACGUUCAGCGACAGACCCGGGGGCGGCAAUAAAAGCUUUUCAAGGGCUCACUCAAAUUCAUUGCCAAACUUGUAAAACAGCUUUUUUGCCAACGUCUUCACCCGAUGAAGCAUCAGAGCAAGCACAUCAUUUUCGACGCAUCAUCGACAUGCCGUCAGAGUAUUGGCAUGAAUUGACAGACUGUUGGGCCUGCCAUAGAGAAGAUUACUCGCAAUUACCGGGGCAGAAAGCUGGUGUCAUCCUUGCGCAGCGCCAUGCAGUGUUGGUUGCGAGAAGCUACGUGGUACUGCAUCCCGAGGAUGUGGAUCUGCCGCGCCUAAGUGUUGAUCUCGCAGGGGCAAAUAAGGGCUCGCUACGGUUGGGCCGCUACGCGCCGGCUUUAUGUGCUAGUUGCCAACAACCAGUUGGAGAGUGUUAUUUUGAUGAAAUCCCCCAAGAUGCCACCAAUAUCGCCGAGCACAUUCGAGGAGUGAAGCUUUUCAGAUAUUGGGUGGAUUUUGUGGUAGCAGAUACUGCAUCAUCCCCACUCACCACUGAAAAGGACGCUUUGAAUCGUACAUUCGUCAGCUUUUUUGCGGAUGAUCUAUUGGAAUCUGCGGAUGCCCACGCGAGUUACCGUUUUAUAAUCCAGACUCAAGGGUCUGAUGAACCGCGAUUAUUGUUGUGGAUACUCAAUUGGAAUAUGGCAGUCAGCACCAAUACGCCAGUACACGACAUAUUAGACCCAACGAUGGAUGCGACUUCUCUCGAAAGGGUACUCUCUAUUUACACUCAAAAUUUAGGACAUUCGGAAAAGAUGCAUCCAGCAAUGAAAAUUCUAUAUCUCGAUUGUUCACAAUCUGUAACGUCCGCCCAAGAGAGUAUCGUAACCUCUUGGCGAGGCAAUGGACAGGUGGAAAGUAUAAGCCUUCAUCCAUCUCUACAUGACCAAGUUUUGACGGCGCUGCGAGUUAGCACGGCAUAUUUACCUCCUGCAAAGCGGGAUCUGAAUGGGUUUAAGGUUGGUUUUAUUUUAAGAUAGUGGUAUUAGGUAGCUGGGGCAGUAUUCGUGUUGGCGUUCACCUGUACCGUUGUUGGUGGUAUUGCCCAUAUUUGCACUUCCACUCCUAUUGGAGCUUUAUACUCAAAAUUCUCAAAAAUAAAAAAAAGAAUUCUCCUUUCCCU